UGAUUUCUUUACACUUGUUUAUUCCAUGACAUUUGUCGAUGCUGUUUUUAAUGUUUGAAAUGUGUGUGGGGUCAAUAAAAAAGGGGCUGAUAACCACCACUCAAAGUGUAAAGGGGUAUCACAAGAUUGUGUCGACAGGUCUUUAACAUCCGGGAAUUCAAAUCGAAAGCCUUGUAGAUUAUUUUGGUAGACUUGUGGAGUUCUCGGCUUGUGUCGCUAUAUUAAUAAGUCUCAAAUGUGGUGAUAUGGUUCAUUUUUAGGGUAUUUAAGUUCUACCCCAUAAGCGGAAGAUCUUCAGAGCUUUAAAAUACACGACUUUGUGCGAAUCAAAAUGAAAAUUAUAUUUUUUGGGCUGCUCAUCGCAGUUCUUGUUGUGUACGGUCAUGGAUCUAAUUACGACGAGACAGACAAUGUGCCGCAAAAUCGGGAAACUCCAAACGAUCGUAUAAGAUCAAAACUUGCAGCCAGCAGAGUUGAAAAUGAUAAAAAGAUAAAAAAAAUCGAGAAGGAGCUUGAAGAACGAAAGGAGAUAAUAUCAAUCCUAAGAGCUAUUCUGUCUAAUCCCAAUUUAUCAACGAUGUUUAGGAGUGGUUUCCAAAAAUUUUUAGAUCAAAUGGUGCAAAAGUCCGAGCUCCAAGAAGAAGCUGUAGUAGAUCUAAAACAAAGAAAUGAGUAUAUAAAUGACGACUUAAUGAACUUGUGUGAACCGUAACGGAACGAAUAAAAAAGCCCGAUUUUGUAAUAUUUUUAUGUG